CGCCAAGUACCUCGCACACCCCAAACCCCUUUCUCCUCCUCCUCCGCCUCGCCGCGGUUCCCAGAUCACUCCAGAAGCGAUGGGGAAGAAGGUGAAGGCCGUGCCGGAGUGGCUCAACAGCCCCAUCUGGUCGACCCCGCCGCCGGCCCCGGCCCCCGCGGACCCCUUCGGCGCCGACUUCGCGCGGCCAGUGGCGCCGCCCCCCGACCCGCCGCCGCCCUCCGUCCCGCCGCCGCCCACGUACGAGCAGGCGGUGGGCUCCUACGCCGGCCGCGAGAGGGAAGAGGAGGGCGCUGGCGCCGCUCUCCGGGCGCACCUGCUCGCCGACUUCAAGUCCGCGCUGUCGAAGAAGACGGUGAACAUGGGGGAGCUGCGGCGGCUCGCGUGCCUUGGCGUGCCCGACGGCGGCGGCGACGUGCGGCCUCCCGUGUGGAAGCUUCUCUUGGGAUAUUUGCCAACUGAACGAUCUUUAUGGCCUUAUGAAUUGGAAAAGAAGCGGAGCCAGUACAGUGCAUAUAAAGAUGAGUUUCUUCUAAAUCCUUCAGAAAAACUACGUAGAAUAGAGGAAUCAAAGCUGUCAAGAAAGAAAGAGUUAAAUGUUGAGAGAAAUGGCUUGCUCCCGAGGUUGGAAGUUACUAAUGAAGAGCACCCUUUGAGCUCGGGUAAAUCUAGCUUGUGGAACCAGUACUUUCAGGAAUCAGAGAUCCUUGAGCAGAUAGAUCGAGAUGUAAAGCGAACACAUCCAGAUAUAUCAUUUUUUUCUGUCAAGUCUAAUCAGGAAUCACUAAGGCGUAUUCUCAUUAUAUAUUCAAGAUUAAAUCCUAGUGUAAGAUAUGUGCAAGGGAUGAAUGAAGUUUUGGCACCUCUAUUUUAUGUAUUGAGCAAUGACCCUGACGCAAAUAACUCGGCUUCAGCGGAAGCAGACACUUUCUUUUGCUUCGUUGAAUUGAUUAGUGGUUUUAAAAACAACUACUGUAAGCAUCUUGACAACAGCAGGGUGGGUAUUCGGUCUACACUUUCAAAGUUGUCUCAGCUCUUAAAGAAACAUGAUGAAGAGCUUUGGCGUCAUAUGGAGGUCAUUACAAAGGUGUACCCACAAUAUUAUGCGUUUAGAUGGAUCACAUUACUGUUGACAAUGGAGUUCAGCUUCAAUGUGUGUAUUCACAUCUGGGAUGCUAUCUUGGGCGACCCAGAAGGUCCUCCAGACACGUUGCUGAGGAUAUGCUGUGCUAUGCUCAUCCUUGUCCGGAAGCGCCUCCUGGUUGGAGAUUUCACGGCCAAUAUCCAGCUGCUGCAACACUACCCACAAACUAACAUAGAUCACCUCCUCCAUAUCGCUAACAGAUUGAGAGGAACUGUAGCCAGCUAGCGAUUUGAUCUUUUUCCUACAUGUAUGUACCUUGAUCUUGUCUGGUUGGUGUUCACUAGGCCACAUCAGGAAGCACAAACGCAGCUACUGAACAUAUCAAUUUUCCAAGAUGUGUUCUUGUGCCG